AUGUUGUUUAAAUUAAGUAGUCUAUUGAUGAUAUUAUUAUUAUUAUUAUUGAAUUUAUUACAAUCUGAAUAUGAAAUUCAUGCUCAAUAUGUGAAUAAAGAUGAGUAUACAUGUCCAUAUUUAUGGAUGCAAUGGAAAUCGAGACGUACACUUGGUUGGAUAUGCGGUUCAGUGCCAUAUUUACAAACAAAAGUUCCAGGUGUAAAAUUUGAAACGGAUUGUUGUCCUGGUUAUGAAAAAACAGAAUUAUUAAAUAAUAAAUGUGCAUUUAUUGAUCGUUCAUGGCAAACCAUCGUUGAUCAAUUAAGAGAACAAAAAUAUUUACAAAUAGCUCAAACAUUUACGAAAAAUAAUAAUAAAUUGUCUGAUUUAUCAUUGAAUACAACAAAAAAUGUUUAUACAGUAUUUGUACCACAAUUUGAUGAUGAUGUUAAAUCGAAAGAAAUGGAUUAUACCACUGAAUCCGAUGCUGUCGGGGUAAUGGUCGCUCCUGGUCGUUGGUAUUCAAAAGAAUUUCAUAAUGGUCAGAAAAUUCCCACAACUAAAGGUACUAAUAUCAAAGUGACAACUUAUUCUAAUGGAUUAACUUUUUUGGAUUGUAAAGUAUUACUUAGUCCAGAUCAUGAAGCAUCUAAUGGUUUAAUUCAUCGAAUUGAUGGAGCUCUUCCACCGACACAUAAAUAUCCAACAGUAUUAAAACGUUUAACGGCUGAAUCUGAUCUAUCAGCAUUUGUUCAAAGUUUACCACAAGAUUUGAAAAGAAAAUUAGAUGAACCGAAUUCAAAUGAAUGGUAUACAGUUUUCGCUGUACCAAAUAAUGUUUGGAAUAAAUUGACAUCGGGCAUUGUUGCAACCGAAACUAAAGAAGCGUUAGCACGACAUCAUGUCAUGAAUAAAAUGCUUUGUUCCGAUGCAAUUGUCAAAAAUUCUAAACAUAUUGGUCCAACAUUAAGUGAAGCUUAUAUUGGCAUACAAAGAAAUUCAAAUGGAAAUUUAAUUAUCAAUGAUUUAUGCAAUAAACAAAUACCAAUUCAACGAACAGAUUUAAUGUCUGGUACAGGUGUGAUACAUAUUAUUGAAAAUUCAAUAAGUAGUUUGGAAUCAAUGAAAUUAAAUGAAGCGCUUGAAUGUUUAGAAAAUAAUCCUUCAUUAGGCGUUAAACAAGCUGCCAAUGAAAUGCGUAAAUGUCAGAUGGAUCUUAGCUCUCCAGGAGAUGAUAAUGUUAUACUUCUACCGAAUGAUGCAGCUUUUCAAUCUAAAUUCUACAAAGAAAGCAUAAAACAAGCACAAUUAGAUAAAUGUAAAUUGUAUUCACAUCAUUUGAUGAAAAUUAAAAAUCCACAAAAUGUUGAUGCCUACAAAACAGGUUUUAAUCAAGAACAAGAAUUCAAUACACAAUAUUCUGCACCAGAUGGUUCAAAAUAUUCAGUUUAUGGUAGAUAUAUUAAAACAAGACAUGGUACAAAGUUAACAUUUAAUCAUGCUGAAGCAACAGAAUUACAUCCAAUGAAAUUUCAUGAUGGUGUAAUACACAUUGUGAAACAAGUCAAUUUACCACCACAAGGUGAUAUUUCUUCAUUGAUUCAACAAAAAUCAGAUACUAAAGAAAUUUCAACAAAAUUUAUGUCAACUGAUUUUCGUCAACAAUUAACUCCGCACAAACCAAAUGUAUUAUUUUUAGCACCAAUUGAUUUAGGAUGGAAAACAAGAGAUUUAGAAAAUUCUUAUUCAAUUGAACAAACUCGUAAACUUUUACAAUUACAUACGAUACCACAUGGAUUUUUCGGCAAUGAUGAUGGUUUCAUUGAACGUGGUAGUGUACUUGAAGUUGAAUCACUUUUAACUGAUUUACAAGGAAAAAAAGUCAAAUUAUUAAUUAAACGUACACCUGAUGGCAAUACAUUUGUUGGUCAUCAAGGCCUUAAAGAAGAAUUAUGGUCAAUGGUAAUUGAUUGGAAUAAAGUUGGUGAAGAUGGUAUUGUUUGGUUUAUUGAUUGGCCAAUGAAAUGUCCAGAACAAUUAUGUUAA